AUGGUACCUUAUGGAAUCAAUGUAAAGAAAGAAAGAGGUAAUUCAUUAGGUGAAAAAUCAAUAGCGCAGUGGGGAUCAUUUAUAUUUAUAGUUAAUCAAAUUUACGGACCAGGUGUUUUAUCAAUUCCCAAAGUAUUUCAACAAUCGGGAUGGUUUUUAACAAUUUUAUCAUUAACAUUUUUUUUAAUAAUGUCUUGUUUAGCAUCAACGUUACUAUGUGAAGCUUUAACACUUAUACCAGGUAAUAAAAAAUAUGAAAAGCAUAUUGAAUAUUCAGUAGCAAUCAAAUAUUUCUUUGGUAAAAAAUUAUAUUUUGUAUUUCAAAUAUUAAAUAAUCUAUGCAUUCAAGCAUAUAAUAUUGCAUCAAUUGCAAUUUGUGCUCAGUCAUUAGAUCAGUUUUUUGUAUUUUGUUUUAAAAAAUCAUUUGCGUUAGUUGUUCACCCAUAUUUUAAAUUUAUAUCUACACCUGAUGUAGAUAUGUUGUAUAAUACAAAUUUGUUGUGUAUAUCUUUGGGGUAUAUUAUUAUUUGUGCAGUUUCAAUACCAACUGGUUUUAUGAAUUUAAAUGAUAAUGUUAGUUUUGUUCAAACUUUAUCAUUUUUAUUCCUAUUUGUUUUAAUUGGUGAGUUUAUUGUUCAAUAUUUUUUAAAUGGUAUUGAAUUAAGCAGAGUGCCAGCAUUUGGGCAUAGUUAUUAUCAGAUCGUCAGUAUAUUUGUGUUUUCAUGGGCGUAUCCAAUGUUUAUACCAUCUUGGGUAAAUGAAAAAAAAGAUUCAGUUAGUGUAAAUAAAGCAGUUUGGAGUUCAGGUAUUUUUUCAUGGUUUGGAUACUUGUUUAUUGGAUGGUUGGGUGCAUGUGCAUAUGGAAAUUUAGGUAGUGAUAAUAUAUUAAAUUUAAUGGGUGGAGCAAAUUAUCCAGCAGUAACAAGAGUAGCAUCUUAUCUUUUUAGUUUGGGUGUAAUUAUGCCAGGUAUUCCAGUUUGUUUUAUUACAAUUCGUUACAAUUUAUAUGUCGGUUAUAUUUGUGGAAAAAAGUCAUCAUAUUUCUGGGGAGUUAUUGCACCUUGGUUUAUAGCAUUUGUAUUUUGUAAUCAAAAGAUUUUUGCUGAUCUAUUAACCUGGUCCUCAUUAAUUUUAAAUACCAUUAUCAACUUUCUUAUUCCUUUUGCACUUUAUUUAAAGGCAACACAACCUCUAAAACAAGGGCUAUUUGGGGGUUCGGUAAUAUCAAAUCUCAACGCAGAAGAAUCUCAAGUUCAACCUUUCCCAAAAAGAAUAGCAAAAUAUCAUAGAUUAAUAACUUUAAUUAUACUAAUAAUUACAAUUAUAGUUUGUAUAGUUCAAGUUGUAUAUGACGCUUAUAAAUCUGCAUUGGGGUAUGAUCCUUUAGAUUAG